AUGCAUCUGCUGAGAUGGCUUCUUGUUGCGUUACCAGCAACCUUCAUCAAUAGUUUGAUCAGAUACUUCGAAAGUAUGUUGGGACUGGCAUUCCGAUCUCGACUUACGCAGCACGCUUACAAGGAGUACUUCUCGAACAAGACAUACUACACAGUCUCCAAUCUUGACAGCCGGCUACAGAAUGCUGAUCAAUGUCUCACCGAAGAUAUAACCAUGUUCAGUCAAUCGGUUGCUCACCUUUAUUCUCACCUUACAAAACCAAUCUUAGAUGUUGCGCUCAUAUCGUUCACUCUAAUCAGGAUUGCCACAAAACGUGGGGCAGGAGGUAGUGUAAUGGUGCCGAGUAUUCUAGCCACUCUGGUCAUUGGGGCUACCGCAACUCUAUUGAGGAAGAUCUCACCAAGGUAUAUAACUUAG